AUGGCUACCGACCGCGAAAGUAAAACAUUCCUUGCGAGGCUCUGUGAACAGGCUGAGCGCUACGAUGAAAUGGUCAACUACAUGAAAGAGGUGGCCAACAUGGGCGGCGAGUUGUCUGUUGACGAGAGAAAUCUUCUUUCCGUUGCGUACAAGAACGUCGUUGGAACCAGACGUGCCUCCUGGCGCAUCAUUUCCUCCAUUGAACAAAAGGAGGAAUCCAAAGGUUCUGACAAACACGUUGCCACGAUUCGCGAGUACCGCCAGAAGAUCGAGAGCGAACUUGAGAAGGUCUGUCAAGAUGUUCUCGACGUCCUCGACAAAGCCCUCAUUCCAAAGGCCGAAUCGGGCGAGUCCAAGGUCUUCUAUCACAAGAUGAAGGGAGAUUAUCAUCGAUACCUGGCUGAAUUCGCUUCUGGCGAGAAGCGCAAGGUUGCGGCCACUGCCGCUCAUGAGGCCUACAAGAAUGCUACCGAUGUAGCACAGACUGAACUCACCCCUACCCACCCUAUCCGUCUCGGUCUCGCCCUCAACUUCAGCGUCUUCUACUACGAAAUCCUCAACUCCCCCGAUCGUGCCUGUCACCUUGCUAAACAAGCCUUCGACGAUGCCAUUGCCGAACUCGACUCGCUGUCCGAGGAAUCGUACCGCGACAGCACGCUUAUCAUGCAGUUGCUUCGAGACAACUUAACAUUGUGGACAUCGUCCGAUGGUGGUGAAGGUGAAGCUGGUCCCGCUGGCGACGCUCCCAAGGAAGACAAACCCGCCGAGACCGGUGCUUCUGCUGAGACUGCAGAGAAGUCAGAGGCCGCUCCACCUUCCUAG